CUGCAUGUAGUGGGAAACCUACAAGCCCAUGUGGUUUCAACAGCCCCUUGCUAGUCUAUUGUCCUCCAAUCAGGAUUGAGUUUCAGGCUUGAAAGGCGGUCCUAUUCCAUGUUUGUGGCUCCGAGGGCCUCUUUGAGGGAAAAUGAGUUUGAAGAGCAGCCGCGGGUAGUAGCGCUCCCCCACAUUUGAGCCACACGUAAAGAUCUUUGUUCACGUCACGGUAGCAUACUGCCGCGGCAGUCUUGUGCAGCAGAGGACUGCUGCUGUUGUGUUUCAUUCAACGAUCGCACUGGACUGUAUUUGAGCUGGGAACAGUGAGUUAUUGCAAACUGCCCAAGGCAUCGCAACAACAUCACUAAGAAACUGGAAGUGCCUGUUUUGAAACCCUGUUGGCAUUGAGCAACGUUGUAGCCUACCAGAGAUGGUCGGCAGACUGAACUUGCCAAAUGUUUCUGGAGGAGAUCCACUGGAUAUGAGCUGCUGCAGAGCAGACCGAGGACUCGAUAGUCCGGAUUCGGGUUUACCGCCCAGUCCAAGUCCCAGCGCCUGGCUCCCUGGACCAGCAGACAAGGAGGAGGGAAAAUCUUCUCUGGCUCCAUCCUUGCCUACUCGUCCAUUACCACAACUACAGCCUUUGUCAUAUGGAGAAGGUGUAUCUCUCAGCCCCUUACCUGCAAAGGAGAUGAGAUACACCUCAUGUAUGAGUUAUGACUCAGACCGUCACUUCAUCCAGAAUGUGACCCUGCGGCCUUGGGGUCAGGAGCUGGAGCACUGUCGACAGACCAUUGUGGCCAUGCCUCACAGUACCUGGCGUCAUUACAAGACACAGCUGGAGUUUGAGCCGCGACACCGGCCUCACCAAUUCAGCAGCACAGCGAUCAUCUACCCCAAGAAAACCAGUGUAAUGUAUACCACUGAGCUGAGCUACGACUGCCACCGCCUGGUCAGGCAUUUCAUCUCUAGUGUGGAGCUCGAGGCGUCAGGCCACAGACAGGAAGCCCACACAGUGAAGAGGUGAUGGGCUGAGUACAAGAAACCACUGCUAUAUAGGCUAUACAUAUACACAUUGACCUGCUGUGUUUUUACACUUUGUUUUUACACUUUGAUAGAUCCUGUUUUGAUUCAAAUAUCCUUGCAAAAAAGUUAUAUUUUACAGUAUUUUAUAUCACAAAGUUUAUAUUGUGUUGUUUAGUUUUUAAAUGUUGAUGCAUCAUUGGGCUAAAGUAAGGGCAACAGCUGUGUCAUUUGAGGUGUCACUUGGCAAUGUUGUCCACAUAAUGUAUGCACAAACAAAACAUCAGUGCUUCACGUGUUUUUUUUCUGUCACCGGGUGAUAUGAGUUCUGCACAACUUUCAUGUGUACACAGGUUUAAGUUUUUCUUUAGUCUAUUUAAGCAAGGUUUGUGAUUCAAGUCAACACCUUUCUAUUCAAGUGUAAGCUUAAUGUAGGAUGUACAAAUAGACCGUAGGUCUACUGUUUUGAUGAAGGCCAAUUUUACAUGUUUUUACUUUGUGUGAAUGGAAUGCUGGAUAAUAUUUAUUCUCAUCUUCAAUUUUAGAUGUUUUUAUUAAUGUUACCAAGUUUUAUGGUUUUAAAUAAAGUAAUAAUUUUAUCCUAA